CGCGACCUGAAUUACUCGAUCGGUGCACCACAAUUUUCGAUGCUGUCGCCAAUGUCCGAGGGGAGGCAUUCUUCUUUAAAGACCAUUAUUUCUGGAGGAUGCAGCAUACUGGUAAUCUGGUCUCCCUAAACGCUGCGCAGAUCAGGAAUUUCUGGCAGGGGUUUCCAGAGGACCUGACGAAGAUCGACACCGUCUACGAGAGAAUGACGGACAACAAGAUUGUCUUCUUCAUUGGCAAUCGGUACUGGGUGUUCUCAAACACCAUCGUGGACCCCGGCUACCCCCGGUACAUCAGCGACUUUGGCCUCCCUGUUGAGAGCAUUGACGCUGCCUUUGUGUGGCCUCAUAAUGGCAGGACCUACUUCUUCAAGGGGGACAACUUCUGGAGGUACGAUGAGCAAGGAAGGAAGAUGGACGCCGGAUACCCCAAGAAGCUAAGCCUGUGGAAGGGAGUCGAAGCAAAGCUAGACGGCGUCAUGGGCUGGAGUGAUGGUUUCACCUACUUCUUCAAAGAGCAGCGAUACUGGAAGAUGCGGGGCGGUGCUGUCGAGGUUGUCUCUCCCGCCGCUCACUCCACACACCGCGAUUGGAUGCACUGUGACUCGGCCUCCGAUCCCCCACAACCUCCGUUGCCCAGGGACCCCGCGGACAAGGACUGCAGCUGCCUCCUAGACCGUAACUCAGCCAGCGCUGCCUCCUGGUGUAGGGUGCAGCUCCUCGCUGCUCUCCUGGCCUCCCUCUUCCUCAGGGUUUAA